AAUGAGAACGGGACUUGAACAUCAAUUAUAACCUCAAUCAAAAUAAUUUUGCUUCUGACCAGUAUCUGAGUUAAAAAAAUAAAUAAUAAAACUUGAAAAAACAAUUGAGAGUCAAUAAAUACCAGAGAAUUGUGCGUGGAAUAUCCGAUAUAUUCAGCCAAUUCUGAUCGAGUAUUAUCAACGCCUGCCAAAUAUUCAUGACUACAAUGACUGCUGAUUGACACUGUAGAUUGUACAUAAACAUCGAAUAGCAACAAUGUUUCAUGACGUGUUGAGAGCAGUAACCAUAAUUGACAUUGUUUAAUUCUCCAUUCUACCAAUUGUCAACAACAAUGCUGCAUCGCUCCUGCAGCUUCUUCUCCCGCAGUAAAUUCAGUUAUUGCCAUCUCGAUCAGUUGUUUACAUUGAAGAUAUUCGUGGCAAAACGACACGCAAGUAUUUUAAUAACCCCCAGGAAUGGAAAUUGUUACAAACUACGGCUGCCCAGGGAAAGCAAACGAAUCUGCCAUAAGGAGUCGAAUUUUUUUGACAAACGAUGUCCCUCUCUCAGUAUUACCAGGCAGUCUGGAGAUGACAGCAAGACGAAGAAUCAGGAGAUACCGAAGUUAGUGAAGGAAUUGACGCAAACUUUGCAGCAGAAAAUUGUUGAAUUGAAUGGGGGAGAAAAACUCGGGAAACUUAGGGAGAGAAUUUUAGAAGUUGAAUCAGUCGUUUUGGCGAAAAAAAUUGAGGCUAUUGGUGAUAAGAUCGAAGGCAAGAAUGAGGGGUCUAAGGACACCGAGAAGAAAGAAGAAGCUCUGAAAAAGGCCAAAAGACGAGUAGAUCACUCAGCUUCAUCCCUAGAAAGGAACUUUAUCACUCCAGUCCGCGCAAUGUCGGAUUUUCUGCUGAAGCCAACGGAUCUAGGGUCUCUACCCAAGACGAAACGAAGGUCACCUUACGAAGACAAACCUCCAAUCACCGUUUAUUGGAGGAAAGAUGUCGAAGCUAAGGCUAUAGAAGUCUGGGGCUCACGGGAAGCCCUGUUGAAGGAGUUACUGAAGAAAGAACUCGAAUUGAAAACUUAUCAGCAAAAUGUUUUCACAGUCAAAAGACGUCUGCGUGAUUACAGACGAGAACUAGGUAAUAAACCUGACACCAUCGAUGACAAGAAUGAAGGACUCUUCGGCAGGUCCGGAAGAGUAGUUUUAACAGCUGUAGUAAUAAAUGCUAGUAAUUUUUUAUUUAAACUCGUCGCCUGGGUGUACACUGGCUCUCACAGUAUGUUUUCGGAAUGUAUACAUUCCGCCGCGGAUACAUUUAAUCAGCUCAUAUUAGCUUAUGGUAUUCACAAAUCAGUUCAGAAUCCAAAUGCAGAUCAUCCUUAUGGCUAUACUAACAUGAAGUACGUCUCGUCAUUGAUAUCAGGCGUUGGAAUUUUUUGCGUUGGCACGGGGCUCUCGAUUUACCACGGAAUCCAUGGAAUUCUCUUCCCUAAUCCGGUCGAGUCGUUCUACUGGGCCUAUUUUAUUCUCGGCGGCUCCCUGGUAUCCGAGGGAGCGACUCUCCUGGUGGCCAUCAAUUCAGUGAGGAAAGGAGCUGAAGAGAAACGUCAGUCAUUCAAGGACUACGUGCUUUCUGGGCAGGAUCCUUCGGUGAAUGUCGUACUUAUGGAGGAUUUAGCUGCAGUUAUGGGAGUGACCGUAGCUGGAUGUUGUAUGGGACUGACUUCUCACCUGGGGAAUCCAGUCUUCGAUGCUGUUGGAUCGUUGCUCGUUGGGGGGCUUCUCGGGGGUGUUGCAUCAUUUAUUAUUUAUACGAAUGUUGCUGCUCUCAUUGGGAGGAGCAUUCCACAGGAGAAUCUUGAUAAAAUUAAUGCUGAACUGGAGUCUGACGUUAUGGUUCGAGCGAUUUAUGAUGUCAAAGGAAUUGAUAUGGGGAACAGUCUUGUUCGAUACAAAGCAGAGAUCGAUUUCGAUGGACGAGAAUUAACUCGGGCUUACCUUGAUAAGCAUGACCUGGAUGCAAUGCUGGAGGAGGUUAAAAAAAUGCAGAGUAUUGAUGCACUUGAGAUAUUUCUGUUGAAGCAUGGGGAGAAUAUCGUUGACAUGCUGGGUGGUGAAAUCGACAGAAUCGAAUUGAAGCUGAAGAAAAAUCAUCCAGAAAUUCGGCACUGUGAUCUUGAGGUUCUCUGAACCCUUAUUAUUAAUUAUCUUUAAUGAAGCUAGUGUAAAUACACAGCAAUGAUUAUUAAUCGGCGGAAAAAUGAAGAUUCUGCACUUAAUAAUUCUACAGCGCUUCGGUACCAGAGAAAUCGGAGACAUUCGAUAGCGAUAAAACUGUUCAUGACUAUUCAUAUUUAUUGAAAUCGAAAGGCAAUUAUUUUUUAAUUCUCGUGGAUUUUUUAAUGUAAAUGAUUAUCUUGACUUGCGUGAAAGAUCCAUAAUAAAAAUUCCUCGAAUGCUGAGAUAA